AUGUCAAGAAAUCCCGAGCUGCAGAUCACUUUCGAAUCUGUUCCCGGAGGCCGAUUUGUGAUUAGUAGAUUGAUAUUCUACAUGAAUAAUUCUGAAAUUUUACGAAACCUAAAAGUUGAAGUAAACGUUGAAGCGAACAUUGAAGCGAAAGUUGAGGUAAACGUUGAAGUAAACGUUGACGUAAUCGUUGACGUAAUCGUUGAGGUAAACGUUGAAGUAAACGUUGAGAUAAACGUUGAAGCGAACGUUAAAGCGAACAUUAAAGCGGACGUUGAAACGAACGUUGAAGCGAACGUUGAGAUAAACGUUGAG